UACGCUUAAAAUCGCUUUAGAUUUACAAAAUCACUGUAAAAUUUGUAAAUAUUCUAAAUCUACACGAGUUUAAGCUUAAAUUUAAUGCAAAAACCUGUCAAAGUUCAACAAUGAACGCAAAUGAUGAAGUAACAAAGUCGACCGCGACGUCGACAGAAGAAAACAAAGCAGCAACAGAGGUCAGCGAACCCUCAACCGAAACGUUCAAAGGUAAAAACUGUGAUGUCCUGCGUUAUAGUGUGUCGUUUUUGCUUGAUAUGCGUUUCAAAUGCGAGAAAUUUGCACCUUCUGACGAGUUGGUUCUGAAAUUAGUCCAUUUUCGAAUCCAAGCUUGUCACACGAAAGAAUCGACACAAAUCAAUUUAUCGUCUUCGCACUUAGAUAUGCUGAUGGAUGAGGAUUUGCAACAAAUUGUCAAGAAAUAUGAAUCGGAACGAGCAAAGUCAUCGUCAGCAGAGUCAAAUUUGGAGUCGAAAACGGAAAAUGUUGAGUUGUCAAGUUUGCAUCUCAAUAUGUUGAUGGACAAAGAUCUAUUUCGAGUUGUGACGAAAUACGAGCUGACUCGUAAAUUGUUGGCGGAUGAAAUUACAACAAAGAAAGAACCGAAAUGGUUGUUAAAGGAUACGGAAUGGACAAAAUCAAAGCCCGGGACAUCAUCAGAGUCGCCCAAAAAGUCGGAUUAUUUGCUAAAUUUGGUUAAAAACAACAAACCAACAAAUUUGACGUCGCUUUCUUCCAUCGAAGAGCAGAUGACACGAGAAGCGAAAGCUGAAUUCCUCAAAAAACAGAUUCAGGUAAACAUCAAAGUAGCAAAUGCACAACUUGAAAGGAUCAAAAAGGCACACAAGGAACGCACGAAUGCAAAAGAACCCAAAAUUCAAAGCAAUAUUGCCCCAACUGCCAAUGAAAUUGCGAAAAAGGAGACAGUUCGUUCUCGUACAGAGUCCCAAAGUUCUUCGAAUACGUCGAGCUCAACGAAAAAACGCAAAAAUAAGGCGGAAAAAUUGGUUCAGAAGCCAUUGUCGAUCAAUAGCAGUCCUCUCACGAAGGAAGAAUACUUGAUUUUGUCGAUGUUGAUGUUAAACACGCCAAUUGAACGUGAACAAUAUCUCAUCAAAAUCGCAAAAGAACGAAAUUUAUUGCAAAAACAUUCAUCAAACAGCAAUAUUCUCGUCAUGAAUCCCAAAUACGGAGGGAUUCUUCCAACUAUUCGAGAACAGGCGAAACAAAAUAUUGAUCAGAUGGCGCCUUGUGUCUUGCAAGUCAAUGGGCAACAACGACUUGUAUCGAAAAAUGGGGAACAAACGACUUCAAAAGCUCGAAUGAUUGUCAAGAACGGAGAAAAAGUCAUGUUGAAUGGAGCGGCAAAAGAUUCAAAAUCCGAACGAGAAUCCGAGGAUAAAAAGCGAAAAUUCAAAGUUGACAGUAUCAAAAAGGAACUUUCGUACCAAGAACAAGUCAUGCAAAUUGUAAAUGAAGUUGAAGAGCUUCCAGAAGAUCCGUCAUUGCUAAAACAUAACUUUAAGAUGCCCCGAUUUCCCGUUAACGAUGCCAAAUAUCAAGAAAAUGUUGAUAGUUUUGUGAAAAAGCUCGUUUCGGAAAACGCGGGACAUUUGCACAAAGGCGAAAUUCGUAUCAACGCUAAAAAUUACGGACAAGCCUUCGUUUGUGACAAAGAAGCUCGUGAUGUGUUCAUUGGUACGCCAUGUCUUCGUCGUUUCGCAUUACAAGGAGAUGUAGUUGAAAUUUACGUUCAUCACGGCGUCGAAGUAGAAGUGCCCGAAUCUCCGAACGAUUUGAAUGUAAGUCGAAGCGAAUGUGAAGGAGGCGCCGCUAAUGUUGAAGUCGAAGCAACUGCGCCGACAAAACCAAGGAAACUUGGAUUCGUUACGCGCAUUAUUCAGAAGAAGCAUAAUCGACAAUGCAUCGGAACAUUUUCAGAAACAUUUUCGAAAGAAACCAAAAUGGCAAGAUUCGUUCCGCGUGACAUCAAAAUGCCUGUAAUUUAUAUUCCGAAGCAAAAUUGGCCAAAUGCGUUGUUGUUGAAUGAUCCAAAAGACGUUGAAAAAGUUGUAUAUCUUGCGGAAAUUAUCGAAUUCAAAGGCGAAAAGGCGAUUGGAAAUAUUUUAAAGCCUCUUGGAAAGUGCGGCGAACUUGAAGUUGAAAACGAAGCAAUUCUCGUACAAAAUAAUCUUGACAUCACACCAUUUUCGGAACACAUUAUCAAUCAAUUACCGAAAUCUCCUUUCGUUAUACCCGAAGAAGAGUAUGCGAAACGAGAGGAUUUACGAAAAACGACAAUUUUCACUAUUGAUCCGCUUACUGCACGUGACCUGGAUGAUGCACUUUCAUGUAAAAAGUUGGAAAAUGGAAAUUAUGAAAUUGGAGUUCAUAUUUCCGAUGUGACUUAUUUCUUGAAAGAAGGUACAGAACUUGAUGAUUUGGUUAAAGAGAAGGCAACUACGAUUUAUAUGGUUGAUAAUGUGUAUCAUAUGUUACCAAAGCCUCUGUGCUUUUUGUGUUCAUUGCUUCCGGGCGAAGAUAAGUUUGCAUUUUCGGUCUUUUGGGAGAUGAAGGAAGACACGACGAUCGUGAAAACGAGAUUUGCUCGCACAAUUAUCAAUUCUUGUACACAAUUUGCAUACGAGCAUGCACAAAAAAUCAUCGAUUUGCCCGAUGAUUCUCCAUUAGACGAAAAAGAUUUUCCUCAAAUUGCUAACGGAGUGUCGUUGAAAGAAAUUCAAGGCAUCAUUAAAGUGUUACAGCGAUUUGCAGUCAAGUUGAGGGAAAAACGGAUGGCAAAUGGAGCUUUGAAAAUCGAUCAACCCAAAUUAAGCUUCCGUUUGGAUCCAGAAACAGGAAAACCCGUGAGUUACAGCGUGUAUGAACUAAAAGAAGCGAAUCGUAUGAUCGAGGAUUGGAUGUUUUUAGCAAAUUGUUCUGUGGCAGCGUUUAUCUUCAAAUAUAAGCCUAAACACAGCAUUUUACGAAAUCAUUCAAGACCGAGUGACAAUGCGAUGGAUAAUUUGGAAAAUACGUUGAAGAAAUUCGAUUAUGUCUUGAAUGGAAGAACGUCGACAGAGUUGAGAGAUACGAUGGAACAAAUUAUUAAUGCAAGUGCCUCGCCUGAUGGAGCAAGAACAGUUAUGAAUGUUUUGUUGUCAAAACCGAUGCAACGUGCAAAAUACUUUUGCAGCGGAACAGCAACCCAAUUGGAAGAUUUCUACCAUUUCGCACUCGCCGUCAAAAUGUACACACAUUUUACAAGUCCGAUUCGUCGUUACGCUGAUGUUAUGGUUCAUCGUACACUCGCAGGCAUUUUGGAAUAUGCUCCUCCAAGUAAUCGAAGCACGGAAGAACUUCAAAAUCUCGCGAAUAUUUGCAACAUGCAAAAGUACAAUGCAAAAAAUGCCGGAGACGAGUCCUCAGAUUUGUAUUUCCGCACGUAUUUGAAUCAAGUAAAGAGUAUCAAGACCCGCGCUGCUGUAAUUUCGCUCGGAACAUACAGUUUGGAAGUUGUUUUGAUGCAAACGGGACAUACUGUUAAAAUAUUUUACAAGUACCUCGAGCCUCAUACGAAAGUAAUUGCGGGACAAGGAGAGAAAAUCACAAAAGUGUUAAUGUUCUGGCCUACAAAUGCUGACAUCAAACCACGCAAAAUAACACUUUUCAGUGAAUUAGUUGUCGAAGUCACAACUCAAAAGAUGAAAUUGGCUAUCAAUCGUGUUUUUCCUGAAGACUGAAUAAUAUCGUAACAAAAAAACAAAAAGCUGCUUUAACAUGAAAUUUUUAUUGAUAUUUAUUUUUCUUGAAAAAAAAAAUGACAAACGAGUAAAAAAUUUAUUAAAAAACAGAAAUACAAAAAGUUA